AUGGGCGUUAAAAUAAAUGAUAUGAUACCGAAACUUAACGGAUUGAUCGCCGCUAACCAGUUAAAAGCACUUAGCGCGGGUCUGAAAAAAUCGAUGAUCGAAGAAAAACUGAACACGUCAUCAUCAUCUGAGGGACGCUCUGGUCUAGAAAUAGUUGAUAAGGCAGAACUAGGUGAACCAAAGCCACCUGGUUCUGCUGACUCUUGGGUUCCAGCGUUAGAAUUG